AUGUCGGCCUUGUCGCCUUCCUCGCGCUUGCUGCACCUGCGGCGGCUGUGUGGCCAGUUGCGCACACUGGCGUCGGAGCCGAGCAGUUUGUUGGGAGAGGACAGCAGCCAACGCUGGAGGUCCUUGCUUCGCAACCUGGGGUCGACGCCACAAGGGCAACUGAAAGCCUUGCAGUUGGUGGACUCUCAGCAAGUCUUGGAGCAGAAGCAGUUUCAGGCAUUAUUGGAUGAUGUGGCGGGUCAAUUGCCACGUGAUGUGGGAGAAAAGACCUCUUGGGAGUCAACCUCACAACUGGCAGAUGUGCUCAAAAAACUGAAUGUGCAAAGUUUGCAUCAACGUUUGGGCGCUCGCCUCAACAAUGCUCUCUUGCAGGAGGACGCCAAGUUGGAGGUACUCCUGGAGAAAUUCUGCGGCACCGUGGCAGAUGACUAUGCCCUUUGGCUUCUGAACAGAAAGAUGGAAGGCCUUUUAGACUCUUUGAACUUUGAAGAGGUGGUGACCUUCCUGCACCUCUUGGGUCCCGGAAGUUCCCGCAGCAUUGCGCGCGUGCCGCGCCUGCGAGCGAUGCUGGAGAGCCCGUUGAGCUCGACGUCUUGGGCCAAGUUGAUGCAGAUCUUCGACCAGGAGGGCUCAGGCAUAGAAGCUUGGGAGAUCCUGGAUGCUUUGGUCCAACAAAAGGUGGAUGUCAGCAACUGGAAGCUUCCAGAAGCAGCUGUGCUGGGUUCUACCUUGGGACGGCAUGGACUGGAGAAGCAUUCCCAACUGGCAGAGGCAUUGCUGAAGAAUGUCUUGCCACAGAUUUCGCAGGAUUCUGAUGUGGAGCUCAACUUGCUGUGUAUCUCGGGGGCAUUCAGCCUGCACAAGCCCACUGACGACAUGGCACAGAAGGCUCUUUCCGGGCUGACCCUACUGGGCAGCGUCUCCUCUGCACGGGAUGCGUUGCAAAUCCUUUCGUUGAUGCUGCAACUCUGGCGGCACUGGCCGCAGAAACUCGAUCUGCCAAAGAAUUGGAAGGAUGCCGAUUUUUCGCCUGCCCUGGUGGCGGAACUCACAGCUUUGUGCGCCAGCGCUGGCGCCAGUUUCACUGGAGAAGUGGCCGCAGCCGAGCUAGGGGGAGAGCAUUUGGCCUCCCUGCGGCCAUUUCUGAGUCGACUGGACGUGAAGGCCACGGAAGUGGCGAGCAGGUUGGACAGCCAGGAUUUUUCCUCGGUCGCCCUAUCCUUGGCGAGACUUGGUCUGGGUCACGAAUUUCUGAGCAGUGGUGACUUGGAAUCCCGCUUAGCCAGUUCCUCCUUCGAUGCUUCCAGCUUGGCACGAUUGGUUUGGGCAAUGGCAUCGUUAGAGGCGAGCCCUGUGGCGUGGUCAUUGGUGUCCUUGCACCUGAGACAUCUGAAAGGACAGGAUCUGAAAGCGGAAGAUCAAGCACUACUGUACGAAGCCCUUAGCAGCCAAGCAGUUUUCACCCCGAAGGCCUUCGAGGAGCAGCAGGCGUGGAAGUCUUGGGAAAAGAUUUGGUCCUCCAAGGCGCACACACCCAGGUCGGAGCACAUGUCUUCCCUGGUGCCCUUGCUGUCAGAGCUGAAAGGUGAAGAUUGUGAAGCGGAUGCUCAAAUAGGUCAAAGCCCUUGGAGAGCGCCGGUUCUUUUCGCCAAGAAGAAGAUCAUCUUGGACGUUUUGCCCACCGCGCGUCAUCCUGCUUCAGGGAAGACCCGAGGUGAUCUGAUGCUGAAGCACCACACCUGGGCCGAGACAGGUCACACAGUGCUGGUCAUCCCAGACGCCGAGUGGCCAAGUGCUUCGUCCGACAGCAGUGAUGGUGAACUGCUGAAGUGGAUCAAGGAGAAGGUUGAUCAACUUCACAAGAGGAUGUACCUGCAACACGAUGGUCUCGACAAGAAGGUCCAAGAGGUGCUGUUGAAGGUGGAACUCGGAGAUCGAGGGAUCAAUUCUCAGGGUUUAGAACGAAUGGCGGGCCUCCCUUCGCGAAAUCAGAUGGAUGCCAUCAACAAGUACCGAGCAAGUCUCAAGGAUUCCGUGAAGAAUCCGACUGCAUGGCUCAUAGGUAUCAUCAAGGAGCAGGAAAAGUUGCUUGCGAAGAAGGAGCCGGUGACUUCCAGCCCGGAGCCCUCGAGCACUUCAACCGCUUCAACCACUGCAGCGGUGGGUCGGCCGAAAGGCGGCUGGCAACACGAGGGACGAGGAUUGGACCAGGUGCGAGUGGGUGAACAGCUCAUGGGCAAGGUGACAAAUAUUUAUCGCGACCGCGUGUGGGUGGAUGUUGGCUUAAUCAAAGAUGGCAGCUUUCUGUACAAAGGCGACCUGGACAGCCUGAAAGUGGGGCAGCUCUUCCGAAACCUGAAGGUUUCCCGUGUGGAUCUGCAGCGAAAUUGGGUGGAGCUCCAGCCCCCCAAAGUUCCAAAAGAGCGACCGGUCGCAGCAUCACCAGCAGUUCCGCUGGCAAAGAAACCAGCAGGCGGCUGGGGGCACAAGGGAGGCACCUUGCUGGCGGAGCUGCAAGUGGGCAGUUCUGUGACUGGGAAGGUCACCAAUGUCUUGCAUGACCGCGUGUGGGUCGAUGUGGGUGCAGAAAGCGAUGCGACCUUCAAGAAAUCUCCGGAGAAGACCUUCAAAGUGGGCGACGUUGUGUCGGGUGAGGUCUCAUAUAUUGAUUUGAAGACGGAUAAGGCCUGGGAUUGGUGGACCCUGAAAGCAUUGACGUCAACGGUGCCACCGCCACCUCCCCAGCCGACUGCUCCGACCACGCCUCCUAUGACCACGCCUCCAACUGCCGGAUUGGCCGUCGAGCGUGCAGGAGAACGUGAGACCCGUGAGACCCGUGAGAGCUUAGAUCCCACGCCAGCAACUUCGCCUUCGGGAGUCAUGGACUCGGUGCGAGCAUCUUUGAACAAGGCGGAACGCAUGGGUGGAUCGUAUGUGCCAUUUGUGCCAUGGAAUUUGCUGGACAAGGCGGUGAAUUGA